UUUUAAUAACGCAUACAAAAACAGCACGGGCGGGUAUGCGUCUGACGUACAAGGCUCUACAUAAUAUAAUUUCCGAGUUGGAAUGAUAAAAGGAAGGUAUUUUGUGUAGCGACCGAUAGGCGGCAUUAUGCGUUCAUUGUAGCGGAAGAUACUGCGCUUCGGAACGGCUACACAUGGGAUGUUAAAAAUGAUGACGAUCAUGUAAAACAAACCCCAUAAAAAAAAACACAGUUCGUGUGAUCGCAGUACAUUGUAAAGACUGAAAGAGGAGGAGACAGCAGAAGAAAGUUUGUCCACAGGCCACUCCCCUAGUAACCAACAAAAAUGGUGGACGACCAUCGCUGGUGCAGCACCACUGAGCCAUACCAAGACCAGCGUGGUCGACUGGUAUCCAAGAACACCUGGCUGGUGCCCUGCUUUCUCGGUGUGGAUUACGUACUCUUCGCUGGUGUCGGCGUCCUCUGGUUCCUUCUAGAGUUCACGUACUAUCUUCCCGCGCCAGCUAAGAGAGGUUUUUGGUGUAAUGAGAGGCAGUAUAUGAUGCCUUACAUCGAGGAUGAAAUUGUGCCGGAAAGGGGGCUCUAUGUCAUCAGUUUUGCAGCGCCAGUAAUUUUGAUCCUUUCAGGUGAGAGCAUGUUGGCUCUGUGUAAGUGCGACAAGACCAAGGAAUCUUUGAAAAUGGUGCAUAGCUGCAGCCUUAAAUUGUACACGCCCUUGAGGAGGGCGUUUCGCUUCAUUGGCAUUUUUAGCCUGGGUGGGUUCGCAACUUGGGUUAUCACCGACUUCAUCCAGAUCGUAACGGGACGAAUGACUCCGUACUUCUUCGCUGCGUGCGACCCCGACGCCUGCAGUCCAGUCUACGGCGCGGCCGACACGAGAUUCGUCACGGACUACACCUGCUUGAAUGAAGACUACGACCUCAUCAAACAAGCCAGGAGGUCUUUGCCGUCUAUCCAUGCGUCCUUGGGUGCCUAUUCCUCCGUCUUUGCUACGGUAUAUCUCUCUACGCAAAUGCAGUUCCGUAACGUGCGUCUGCCCGUGCCGCUGUUUUGUCUGGCCUACGUGAGCUGCGCCGUGAUUUGGGGACUUUCCCGGGCGGCAUCGCACAGGAACCACUGGUCCGACGUGCUCGCCGGGUUCAUCCUCGGAACCUCCAUCGCCUUGUAUCUGAGCCUUGUCAUUCUGCGAGUCUUUCAAGAGAGACCUGCCAAGCCCCACUCCAAUCUCACCGCUUCGCCCUCCAAAGGCUCAGGCUCCAUGUUCUCCAUCGAGGAGCAGCAUUUCAUGCAGACCGCCCCGUCAUCCUUUGUCUUACCCAGGGUGCAACACUGCGCCGACACCCUGUCGACUUCGCACGUGUCGCAACAGAAUGGGAUAGCGGCUGGUCACAACCCAUCCUAUGCAGACGAUAUGGUGAUCAUCCAUCACCAAGCACAGCCAGGAGUAUUCUGAAAGAAUCCGUGACUAAAAUCGUCAUUUGUGGGCCUACAGCUCACCAUUACCAAAAUAACCUACCAGUCGGCUGCUGUUAGACGUAAAAAGCACUAACGUUGCGAUGUAUGGAGAAAUCUUUCGCAAAAGCAAAGGUCGGCCUUAUACUUGAAGCUUUGCGUAUUAUAAUGUCACCACUAUCCCCUUAUAAUUGCAGAAGAAUCGUUUUCCGCAAUCAAUGUUUCCACUGAGUUGGUGACGGAGGCAAGUUAUGAUAUAUCAAGUAAAACGAGAUUAUAAACUGCCCUGCGAAUUCGCCAGGGUAGGCCUAUAGCAGUGAAAAUAGAAAAGACAGUAGGCCCACAAGAUCAGGAUUUUUUCGUCGUUUUUACCUGCACUAUGAACCGGCCUUGAGGCC